AUGGAUAGUAGCGUUGAUACCUUUCGCUUCCUCGAUCUUCCCAAAGACAUCCGGUUAUUAGUGCCUUCCACAGCACUACUAUUAGUCAACCGCCUUCUAUGCGACGAGAUCAGAGCCUACUUCGGCAACGGCUUCCCGGGUCAGCCUAUCACACUCGUUGCCGCGCAAGGUCAUUGCACGUUUGCACUGCGCUUUCUAGAAGCUCUCACCUCGGGUCAUCACUUGGAUACGCUGUCCAAAGAGAACCAUGGCGAUGCUGGCAUGCCUGGCAUGCCUGGCGAACUCUCCAAGUUUACGCAGAUGAUACCGACCCGUCAACUGAGGAUGCGUGUUCAGAGUAUCGAUCAAAGGCGUUGCGAAAGUAAGACGUCCCCACUUACUGAUUUCGACGAUACAACGCUCCAGAAAGUCUAUCGUCUCUGUGUGCUCAGAAUGCGCAAAGAGACACACUUUCAGUUAAGAGUUCUGUUCCCAAACGGGAAAGUAAAAGGCGACAGGGAUUUGCGCUACUUACUCAUGGGAAAGACCAAUACUCACCCGGAAGACGUUCGUUCAUUUGAGGUGACUGUGGUCUUUACGGCUACACCGCCACCCGAUGCUAUUCCGUCACGGGCUGAGAUAGGGAGAAUGUUUCGAGAGAGUUCUAUUGAUGCGAAGAAUAUAAAGCUGCAAUGGGAGGCCAUGACAGAGCAGGAACUCGACGUUUGGCGAACCGGUCGUUUCUACAACUACGAUGACUACCACGACAACCACGACAACCACAACUGCCACUUCAGGCACGACUGCCACGACCGCCACGACUACUAUGACUACCACAACUACUACUGA